AUGCCACAAAGGAAACGAGAACUUGUGAAAAAUGUCCAACAUUAUAUCUCUUCCUACAGCUAUUACUUCCGCAUUACUUCUGCUGCAUCGGUAACAAAGUGCUCCUAUGACAUCCCGACAACCGAUCCCGCUUGUGCCGCCAUCUCAUCGAAAUCCACGGCCGAAACUAUCAUGAGCAAAUGCUGUGGCGCCGCUUCCAUUGUCGCUAUUAACAAUUGCGCCUAUUACUGUCUCACGCAGGGGCAGACCGUCGCUGAAUUGGCUGAAUGCUUAAACAGCAACGGUCUGUAUGAUAGUUAUUGCAACGCCGCGGCCAAUGCUACUGACUCUGCCACUGCUACUGUUUCUGCCACCAGUACAGGCACCGUGACUGACUUGAGUGCGUCCAGUACCACAACGACUGGAGGUGCCAAGUCCACUUUCAAGGGGUUAACAAGUAAUGUUGGUGUACUGGCCUUGUUGUUCUACUCUACUUUGUUUUGA